UCUUUUCUUUCUUUCUCUGGCCACAUUCGUUCUUUGAUCAAUGGCUGAUGACGAUGAGGAUGAGGGUUUCGGUGAUUUCAAAUUCGUGGCAUACUCAGCCAAUUCAAAUCAAAUUUCCACCAACAAAACUGAUAAUAAUGAUGAUGAUGAUUGGGGUGAUUCCGUUGAUAAUUUCUCAUCUCCAAAACAAGAUCUUAAUCGUCAAACACACCCAAUUCAAAACUUCGAUUUCUUUGGGGGUUUAUCAGAUCAAAAACCCAUUCAAACUCAACCUAUUAGUAAACCAAAUUUAGAGAGGAAGAAUUCAGUUUCUAAUUCUCCUGUUUGGGAAAAACCUAAAGGAGCUUUACCUCUAUCACUCUUUGGUGACGAUGAAGAAGAAGAAGAACAAGAGGAAGAAGAGGUACAACAAUUUGAUCAAAGGAAGGGUUUUUCUUCUUCGUUUGGUGAUUUUAGUAGAAAUACACAAUCUCCAGUGAAGAUUGAACCGAAUUCUGGAUCUGGGUUUGCUAUCAAAGAUAUUAUUGUUAAUUUGUAUACUCAAUCUGAUCAGAUCAAGACGGAGGAGAAUUUGAAGGAGGAUCAAAUUGGAAAUCAAAAUGGGAGUUUGGAAGAUGAUGAUUAUGAUGAUGAAGAUGGUUGGGAAUUUAAAGAUGCAUCUGUCGACAACAGACCCGAAGUUAGCUCCCCUGAGCUAAAGGCUGAGGUUAAAUCAAGUGAGAAUGCUAAUGGUGUUAAUGGAGGUGCUGAUUGGUUUGUAGUGUCGAAUGAGUUGAAACCAACUGAGAUGGAAAAUGGACUUGUUUAUGAGUUGGGUGGAGGAGCUACAGCUGAAAGGAGUUUUGCAUUUGAUCCUCUAAGCCAGUCUAAGAAUAUUGGAGUUGAAAAUGGAAAUCCCAACUUGGUUGAAGAUGAAGAUUUUGCUGAUUUCCAGGAUUCAUUCUUCCCCACUGGAGCUGCAAAUUACUCGACUAGGCAGCAGGAAGAGUUGAAGAUGGGUGAUCAUUCUCGCGUUCAAGGGAGAGAACUCAUGUUUGCCGAUGCUUUUCAUGUCAAUGGAUAUGAGUCAUGGGAUAAUCAGAAAGCAGUGCCUGCAUCACAUUUUAGCAAUGGCAAGCUGGAUUCUGAAACUUCCUUAUUUGGUGAAGACUUAUUUUCAAAUGAACAUUCGACUUCCGUUGGUAAUCAGGGAGCACUGCCUACGUCAAAUUUUAGCAAUGGAAAACUGGAUUCUGAAACUUCUUUAUUUGGUGAAGACCUGUCUUCAAAUAAACCUUUGACUUCCAUUGACAACCACGGAGCACUGCCUGUAUCAAGUUUUAGCAAUGGCAAGCUGGAUUCUCAAGCUUCCUUGUUUGGUGAUGAUUUAUCUUCAAAUAAACCUUUGACUUCCAUUUACAAUCAGGGAGCUCUGCCGGCAUUAAAUUUUAGCAAUGGCAAGCUGGGUUCUCCAGCUUCCUUGUUUGGUGAAGAAGAUCUAUUUGCAGAUAAACCUUCGACCUCCAGGACUAGUCAAGGAGCAUCACCUGUCUCAAAUUUUAGCAAUGCUAAACUAGAUAGUGCUGGUUCGUUAUCUGGUGAUGAUUUAUUUUCAUAUAAACCUUCAAACUCUCCGAGUAAUGGUUUGCACAACAAGGUUGGGAAUUCAAAUUUUGUUUUCAACGAUCUCAUUUCUAACUUGUACAGUCAGACUGAGCAUGCCCCUGCUGUUCAAGAAGCCACUAAGAAUCGAUAUGAAUCUUCUCAAGCGAACUUGAGCACUGAUUUAGGGAAUGAUGAAGAUGAUUUUGAUGAAAAUGCUUGGGAAUUUAGAGCUGCACCACCAAAAUCAUUCGUACAUGAAGCUACUGAGAAUGGAUUUGAUUCUUUUCAAACGAACUUGAGCCCUGAUUUAGCGAAUGGAGAUCAUUUUGAUGAAAAUGCGUGGGAAUUUAGAGCUGCACCACCAAAAUCGUUCGUUCAUGAAGCUACUGAGAGUGGAUUUGAUUCUUUUCAAACAAACUUGAGCCCUAAUUUAGCGAAUGGAGAAGAUGAUUUUGAUGAAGAUGCGUGGGAAUUUAGAGCUGCACCCUCACAUUCAUUAGUAGAUACUCAUUCAGCAGAUGAACUUCAGAAAAAUCCUACUCAAGAAGCCACUGAAAAUGGAUAUAAAUUUGUUCAAAUAGCUAAGAACUCUAAUUUUGUAAACGGCAGUGAUUAUUUUGAUGGAAACUCAUGGGACUUUGAAGGUUCACUGUCAGAGGUUAAGGUAGAAUCUUGUCCAGGUGAUCCACUUCAAAAAAUUUCUACUGCGUCAAAGCCUCCCGUGCUUUCUUCUCAGGGAGCUACUCAGAAUGGAUUUGAUUUAGUCGACAUGUUUGCAACCGCUGAUGAAGCGAAUGGAAACAAUGAUUUUGCUGAGAACUCGUGGGACAAAGGUGCAUUAUCAGAAGGAAAUUCAAAAACUGAUUCAGGGGACACACUUAGAAAGUUCCCAACUGAAUCAAAGUUAAACACGUAUAUAGAUUUUUACUGUAGAUUGACGGAGGAAUCUUACUACCUUGCUCUUCAUCAUCUUGAUGCGUUGAAGAAAGCUAAAACGGCUGCUGCCCUUUCCAGCGACGAUACAAAAGCAGAGGAAAUCCGACAUGAAAUCCAGGAAGCUUACAAGAUACUGCACCUAGAGGGUUUGAACUCCGAAACAGUUAACAUGGAUGGGCGUCAACCUACAAAAGGUUACACGAAGGAAUUGCUUGUACUAAUGAAGGAACCAGUGAUCCAAAUGCUCGACUCUGAAUUUAAUAUGUCGAGUAGGAUGUCACUAGCAGAGAAAAAUUUGAACUCCGCCAUUGGGAUCUUUGAGCAUUCUAUUUUAAUGUCAAAGAUUCUGACCCUGGGUUCGAUGGAAGACCAAUUCACUUGCAUUACCAAGUGGUCUCAAAUACUCUCAGCUUGUUCACAAGAGUUGAAGCAUGGUGCUUUCAUUUGGAAGCAAUCUUUGGAAAAGAAAGUUAACCAGCAAAUAUUAUCGAAAUCUAAAGGUCAGCAAUAUAUUCUUUCUCUUGGAGAAAUUUACAGAGUGGUUGAAGUUCUGAGGAUCUCGACAAAACUGUACUGGCCAUGGAUAGUAUCAACCCUAGCAAACCCUGCGGAAAUAAUUGCUUUACUGGAAGAGUGCAGUGCUGCAUGGCUAGAUUCCAAAUUGGAAGAUGCUCUUCUAAGUUUUUCCAAUGAAGUUGAUGUUGGGUAUGCAGCAAAGAUAUUAGUGGAAUCCCUCAAGUCUGUUCACAAUCUUGAUGUGUCUGCCCUUCAGAAACAAGUUCUGCAGGAACCAAUUUGUAGCAUAUCAUUGGUAUCACUGAAAGCUGUUUCAGGUAUGAAAGAAGUGGUGUGGAACGGGGAGCACUUCUUUCUUCCACUAGCGAAUUUGUGGGCAAAUCUGAUAUCUUCCUAUCCUCCGAAAUUGCCUCACAUAUAUGCUAUCAGCUAAUGGGGAAAAAUAUGGAAAACUUGAAGAUAAAAACUUGUUUGCGGACUUUUCAACGGUAUGCCAGAGAUAUCUCUGUGCAAAGCGGAAGUCAUACCAGCAACAGCUGAAUACGAUGUAUACAACAUGGCAUAGUACAUUAAGAGAAACCAUAAAGUUGGUUACACAUUAUAUUAGUCAUAAAUGUUGCAGCCGAAGACAGUUUAGAAUUGAACUUAUACGGAUCCUAAAAUCACCUGGAGCUGGUCGUGGUGGAACCGAGAGCGCUCGCAAAUGAUCCGAGCUAGAAUGUACUGCAUUCAUUAUGUUGUCUUAAUUUUUAUUCUUUUACCAUAUACGAAAAUUAGCUUAUAGUAUAUAAUAGUGUAUCUGGAUGUAAAAGCAAUUUUUUCUCUGAGCUGUAAUUCAUUUUUUGUGUGAAGUUCAUAACUGGGUGGAACAGCAUCAAGGAUGGUAAACACCCUUUUUACAAUAUACAUUAACUUUUGUAGUGCGUUAUGCAGGUAAGAUUGCUGUGUAUUGCUAUAAUAAUAAAUAGGAGCAUUUUUCCUGUCGAGAGCA